CGACGACGCCGCGGCGGCGCCCGCGCGUGGGUUCUUCCGACGCAUCGCGCGGUUGCUCCAUCACGGGAUCACGCCCGUGUUCGUCUUCGACGGCGCCGCGCCGGGGUUGAAGCGACGGACGACGGCGGCGCGGCGGCGCGGGCGCGCGCGGGCGAGCGCGCGGGCGCGACGGGCGGCGGAGCGGGUGUUGUUGAACGCGUUGACGCGACGGGCGUUGGAAAGCGAGGUGGACGUGGGCGGCGGUGGUGAUGGUGAUGGUGUCGAGGGCGGGUGUGGGGGGUGGGGGGGGGAGACGGCGCGAGGGGCGGACGCGGCGGCGGCGGACGCGGCGGCGGCGGCGGACGCGACGGAAUCGGAGCGGGAGACGGAGGCGUCGGAAUCCGAGGAGGCGUGGGACGCGUUCGUGCCGGAGGGAGAUGAUAUCGAUCCCGAGGUGCUGAGCGCGCUUCCGCCCUCGGUGCGGCUGGAGGUGAUCGCGAAGAUUAGGGAUAGGCGGAUGGCGGAUAAUCGAGAGCAUUUCGCCGAGGCGUCGGGAAAGAUGCAGGAGUUUAGUCGGUUACAGCUCGAGACGUACCUCAAGGGGACGAAGCUCAAGCGGAGGAUUGAUGCGGUGAUGCAAAGAUCGGACGCGAGCGAUCCGUCGACGUCCAAGCGCGUGGCGGCGCAGGAUAAUCGUGAGUUUAUUUACUCUGGACCGUCGUCGCUCGAUGGAGCGCGCGCGGAGCGCGCGUUGGCGCUUCCCUCGCCGUCACCCGCGGCGCUCGACGCGGGCGCGUUCGGGUCGAAUCAACUGAGUGGCGUGCGCACGGGGCGAGCGCGCACGCAGGCGGCGCUCAUCGCACCGCAAGAACAGUUCUUACUCACGACGCUGCACCCGACGCUUCCGGCGCCGCAGGUGAGUAAAUCCGUCGCGGAGACGCCGAUCGUGGUGAACGACGCGCCGUCGACGAUGGAUUUGCAGAUUUCAUUCUCAACGGAAAACAUCAAGACCGCGGCGAAGGAUCCGCUGUUUGCGAAUCCAGACGACCUCCCGGACGACGACGACGGCGACGAAGAGUGGGAAGACGUAGAGGAAGAGACGCCGUCGCCGGCGAAAUUACUUCUCCCCAGCGCGGGCGGUGCGAACGCGGACGCCGUCGUCGACGAUGCCGGGGACGGCGAUGUGAUUCAAGACGAAACGACAGAAAACGAUGCGGAUGGCAACGUCGAGGAGGGAGCGCUGGAGGGCGAGGAGGGAGCCACGCCGUCGUCCGCGCUCAGACGUAAGAACGUGUACUCGGUCAGUCACGGAUUCCUCAAAGGUCGCAACUUGGGUGGGUGGGACGCCGAGGACGAGGCACUGCAGGGCGACGACGCCGUCGUCAUCGAGGACGAGGGUGACAUCGACGCCGCCGUCGCCCUCGGCGCUCGCGGCGACGAAGCGGCUCUGGCUCCGUUAAACGAGGACGACGCGAACGAGCAGUUGCAGCGCGCGAUUGCGAUGAGCGUCGCGACGGCGACGGCCGAAUUGAUUCCGAUUCCGAAGAUUGAGACAGAACGGGACGAUGUAAAAUUAGAAGAAGAAGAAACGGUCGAUGGCGAAGAACGGCUGAAAGCGGCGAUCGCGAUGAGCCUGAAAGAGGACGUCGUCGAGCCGUCGCCGAAACCGACGGCGAGCGAAGAACCAGCGGCGGUGCUCGCGGAGGAAUCGGAGACGGACGACGAGGAUGACGCGGCGUGGAUAGCCGCCGCACGAGAGGCGGAGGAAGCAGCGAAGCACGCGCGAGUGGAAAAGAUGAUUCGCGAGGUUGAGGAGGAGCGACAAAUGUUGGAACUCGAGCAUCGCCAGGCGACGAAAGCCGCCGAGCAAGUCACUGAUGAGAUGUAUCGCGACGUGCAAGAGCUACUCACGCUCUUCGGCAUUCCGUACAUCAUCGCCCCGCAAGAAGCCGAGGCACAGUGCGCGUACCUCAACGAACAGAAGCUCGUCGACGCCGUUAUUACGGACGACAGCGACGUCUUCCUGUUCGGCGCGUCGCUCGUGUACAGAAACUUUUUCCAGGACAAAAAGUAUUGCGAAGUCUACUCGGCGGAUCGCAUCAGAAAAGAUAUCGGUCUCGAUCGAAAUCGUUUCAUCCAGCUCGCCUUGCUCCUCGGGAGCGAUUACACCGAGGGCGUGUCCGGGAUUGGGAUCGUGAACGCGCUCGAAAUCGUCAGCGCGUUUCGCGGCGACGUCAUCGAGGCGAGCAAGGCGUUCAAGGAGUGGGUCGAUCUCGAGGAACUCACCAUGGUCCCCGAUCACUUGCUCCCCAAUCCGUCGCCGUCCAAGUCGAAGAAUAUCUCCGACGAUGGCACCGAGCAGUCUCUCGCCGAAGCGUUCAAGGAGAAGCAUCGCUCGCUGAAGAAGAGCUGGGACGUUCCCGAAAAUUUCCCAUCAAUCGAAGUCGUCAAGGCGUAUCAAAACCCAUCCGUCGACCGAAGCGAGGAGCCGUUCGAGUGGGGAAAACCCGACGUGGAUCUUCUCCGUCUGUAUUGCGUGAAAAAUUUCGCAUGGACGCGCGACGCGACGGAUCAAGUGCUCGAGCCGAUGAUGAAGGCGUGGGAGGAGCGAGACGCGCAGAGACGCAUCGAUAGUUUCUUCGAGACGACAGCCGCCGUGGGCGGUCGCGUCGCCAAGUACCGAUCCAAACGUCUCGGCGACGCCGUGGCGAAGCUGACGAAUCGAAAAUCAAACGACGAGAUCAUGAACGAGCUCUUGCUUCGACGCGCGACGAAUCCGCUCGAGGACCGCGUCGUCGAUUACGGCGACGGCGAAUUCAACGCCCCGGCGUCGCCCGAACGCCAACCGACCCUCACCAUGGACGACUCCGACGACGACGAGGCUUUCGCCGCGCUCGACGUAUCGCAGUACACCCCAGAGGCGAAGAAAAAACCGAUCGAGGACGCGAAACCGCGACGAAAAACCCAAAAAACAAAAUGA